AUGUCAAAAGAAAAAAGAAGAAGUUAUACUGCGACCUUUAAGCUUGAUGUUAUUAACUAUGCGAAGCAAAAUAGUAACCGUGCUGCAGCACGUGAAUAUAAUAUUGAUCAUGCAAUGGUUAAACGCUGGUGUGAAAAGGAGGAAAAAUUUAAAGUGGCAAAAGCCUCUAGUAGACGAGUAGGAUCAGGUCAAAAGGCAGCAUAUCCUCUUGCUGAAGAUGCAUUAAAGCAAUGGAUUGAUAAAUUACGCAAUGAAGGAAUUGCAGUAAUGCCUUCUGCAGUGAAGUUCAAUAUGAGUAAUCUGCUCUUAAAUAAUUUUUCUCAACAUUAUCCAGAUGUAUUUGAAACAUUUAGAGCAUCAAAUAACUGGUUUUAUAGAUUUAUGAAUCAGUAUGAUCUUUCACUUCAUCGUCAAACUAAACUUGGACAGAAGUUACCUCAGGAUUUACAAGAAAAAGUUUUAAGUUUUCAUACUUUUAUUAAAAAUGCACGUGCUAAUCAAAAACCAAACGCAAUUACUGAACAAAAACAGAGUUUAUUAACUCUGGAUGCUUUUAAAGGACAUUUAACUGAUAAAGUUAAAGAAAAAUGUGCAGAAUGCAACAUGUUUAUGGGUGUUAUACCUGAAGGACUUACAUCACUUGUUCAACCUUUUGAUGUUAGUAUUAACAAGCCCUUCAAAGAUCGGCUACGUGAAAAAUGGAGAACUUGGAUGACUAAUGGAGAAUUUCAACUUACUCGAGGAGGAAAUUUUAAAAAACCAGUAUAUAAUUUGAUGUGUCAAUGGAUUGUUUAUGCAUGGGAAGAUAUUCCCUCUGAACUUGUUAAAAAAUCUUUUAAAAAAUGUGGAAUUAUGAAUGAACUUGAUGGAAGCGAAGAUUAUUUAAUGUAUAAAGAAGAGGAUAAUAGUACUUUAGAGGAACCAUUUAUUGUUUUAACGGAUAAUUUAGAAGAAAAUCAAGAAAAU